AACAGUUCCCGCCUCCAUUGCGAAAUCACAGCGCAUGCUCAGAUCAUUCUACAGCCCUGAGAGGUUGCUGUCAUGGCGGCCGCCACACGUGUGCUCCAGACAGCUAUCAGCCCGUCUUUAGUGGUGAUUUUAGGAGCUACAGGAACUGGCAAAUCCAAACUGGCUAUCGAGAUCGGGAAAAGGUUUAAUGGGGAAAUUCUAAGCGCCGAUUCCAUGCAGGUUUACAAAGGGCUGGACAUCAUCACCAAUAAGGUUACAGAGGAGGAGCAAGCCCAGUGUCGCCAUCACAUGAUCAGCUUUGUGGAUCCAUUGGUUAGUGGAUACACUGUGGUGGACUUCAGGAACAAGGCUCUGUCUCUCAUAGAGGAUAUGCAUCGUCAGAGAAAGCUGCCCAUCAUUGUUGGUGGCACAAACUACUACAUUGAGUCCAUUUUAUGGAAAGUGCUCAUGGACACUAGGCAGGGGAGUGACACAGAGUCAGAAAAUGGUGUGGCUUCUAAAAGCGAAUCAAAAGCGGAGCUUGAGAAACUGGGUGGUCCUGAGCUUCACAGACGGUUGAAGGAGGUGGAUCCUGACAUGGCAGCCAUAUUGCACCCCCAUGAUGCACGCAAGAUUGCAAGAAGUCUGCAGAUUUUUAUGGACACUGGAGUUCCACACAGUCAGCUUUUGGAGGAGCAGCGAGGACAGGAUGGAGGAGAUUGUCUUGGGGGUCCCUUGCGUUUCCAGGACCCUUGCAUCUUCUGGCUGCACUGCAAAACGAAUGCUCUAGAUGAGAGGUUGGACAAGCGUGUGGAUCAGAUGUUGUCACUUGGGCUGAUUGAUGAGCUCAAAGAUUUUCACCAACGCUUUAAUGAGAAGAAGGUCAAAGAGAACAGUCAGGACUAUCAGCAUGGCAUAUUCCAGUCUAUUGGCUUUAAAGAGUUUCACGAGUACCUGACAGCAAGUGAGAACAUCAGUCAGGAAGAACGCGAUAAACUGAAGAUUAAAGGACCUGCUAGCAAUGUGCCACCAGUUUACGGUCUGGAUGUGACAGAUGUGACCAGUUGGGAGACUACUGUGCUUACUCCUGCUUUAGAGAUCCUGGGCUGCCUCCAAAAGGGAGAGCAGCCGUCUGCACAGCCAGUCAGAGCAGAGGGGGUGGAGCUUCGCAACAAGAGGAGUCACCACAUGUGCAACCUGUGCGAUAAGGUGAUCAUUGGCGACUUGGAAUGGACAGCACACCAGAAAUCCAAAAACCAUCUCUAUCAAGUCCGCAAGAGGAGAAAAGCUGAGCAAGCCUCAGAUAAGGACCCAAACCCUACCAAACGUCAAAAUGUCAGUGACAGGUACUUUGAGAUUGAUUGGUUUGCAGUGGGCAGCAGCGAUACCUCAACUCUCCCUGUGGAGUAGCAGAAUGCACUUCAGGGUCUGUGAUGCCUGGACACCCGAAUUUGAUGGUUUUUCCCAUCUGCCACAGACCAAGGGGUAUGGCUAAUGUCUGGAUUUGGAUUCUUGCGCUGGACAGAUGUCUUCCCCGCUGCUGUUUUGUCUAAGCGGUGCACUUUUUAACCACAUCUAACCGCAUCUACUGCUCUUUUAAACCACACUGCGGUGAGCUGUGCUAACCUCUUUGGCUGCUCUGACUGAGCUCAAAAUACAUCAAUGCUGAUGUUGGAUUACAUUUUUCUCUGCUGAUCAAGAACGGAAGGUUAUUUUUUUUAUUUAUUAAAUCUGAUGCCGGACUUUAUUUGGAAGAUGUAAUCGUCUGAUCAGUUUGGGUCAGAAUAUAACGAUGACUUCAAGCAGAUGUGGACAUUCUUUCCUCAGGAUUCCCAGUGCCUUUUUCUGUGAUGACGUCCAACCAAAAACUUAUUCUCUCUCAUGCCAUUCCAAAACCAUUCAUUCUUUCGCGGAACAUUUUGAAGAAUGUCCACGCUGCUCAAUAUGGCAUUAGAAGACUUGACACACAAAUCUUAUAGGCUACUUUACGGGGUUUUUGUCCCAUUGGAGCUUGCAUGGAAAAGAGCAGCAUGAACAUUCCUCAAAAUACCUUCUUUUGUAACCGCAUAAGCCUGAAUCAAUUUGACUUAAUCCUUCACAUUUUAAGACUCAGAUGCAUUUGCUUGACUUCUACAGAAUGAUCUGUCUAUCACUGCAUACAUUAUGUAAAUGUAAUUAAAGAAUUUUUUAUCAUUUUUAUAAUGACUUAUCUGAAUAGAUCUGUGUUUAUUAUCUAAUCAAAUGAGUCAGAAAAUCUUUUAGCAUGAAGUCAUCAGGGUUGCUUGGGCGAUGAGCCACCAAUACCUUCUCAUACCGGCUCACAACUUCGUAAUCCUUGGCUGAGAGCCACAAGCUACCUCAUUUUUCUUUCUCCCUCUCUUUUGAUCCCUGCUCCACGUCGAUGUAUGUGCUCCAGCGUGGAAAUUCAGCAAGUUCACAGCAUAACUCAUUAGCCUCCCUGUCCAGGCUAAAUAUACAUCACACAUACAAUAGCUGGAAGGGAGAGUGUGUACAUAGUGCCUGAAAGUGGCUGUCCCACGUUUGCACUGAUGUGGGUCACUGAUUUGAGCUGUGCGGGUGCUGGUGAUUCCGGUGAUAAGGGAGUGACAGGCAGCUUCUCAUUCGUGUGUGUGUGUGUGUGUGUGUGUGAGAUUGUGAGUUUUAUUUUAGCUCCGCGAGAGUCCAAGGCUUGGCGGGAAAGUCUUAGUGGGUCAGCUGAGCUUCCUCUUGACGGGUAGCGGCUCAUUUAGAUCAGGGAGUUCUCAAGGAUGAAAGUGAAUGGAAAAAAACAAAAGCAAACAGCAGUCAGCUGGCAUUUGUUGACCUAGCGUGUUGUCUGACUGUGUUUUUGAAGACCUGUGUUUAUGGUAGGUUUUAACACUGUUUUAGUAGUUUGACCACUGCUUUUAAGAACAUUUUGCAUUAUUUACUCAUCCUUUUUUUGUUCCAAACCCAUUUGAUUUUCUUCUGUGCAAUGCAACAGGAGAAAUUUUGAAGAAUGCACUGGUCGCUCAUUUCCAUGCAGUGAUGAUAAAUUUGAACUAAUCUUCAAUCAAGGAUACAAAAACUCCAAAAAAGAUUGUGCUACAAUCGCUUUGUGUCCAAAACUCGUGUAAUUGCCUGUAAAGUGACUACCAAAGUCAGAAUUUAUCUCAAGACAUAUGGGUUAAAAAAACAACAUGAAACAGUAGAUUUUGAGUGAACUGUUUUAAAGAUACAGUUGAGUACAACUUCCCUACAAUGCUUUCACCCUUUGUUGAACGCUCAGCUUGCUUUUGUUUUAUUUAAUAUGCAGUUUGUUUGUUAUGCAAGAACAUUUAUUUACCUCACACUGGGAUGAUUAACCAGUUUAGUACCGCAGUUAGAUUGAUUGAUUCUGUUUCUUCCCCCUUUCCUCCCUUCCAACUGCUGAUUCAUUCCUUGAAUAAAAGAAAACCAGCUGAUGUAAUACUUAAAUAGCACAAGUUAAGCCACGCUGAGAACCGGAGAAUUGGGUCAAGUUUGUUUGCUUAAUUAUCCUGUUAUGUUCAGUCGUGUCUAGAGCCCGUAGAAAGUCAUUAUUAUAAAAGAACUGUGAAAGUGUGCUUAAUCAUAAGGCUCAAUCCCAAAUUGCGUAUUCAUAUUAUUACAAUAUAUAAUAUCUGCCCAUUUUUGGAUUACUGCAUCUAUAUGCCUGAUGGCAAAUAUUAUGUAAUAGAUUUAAUUUUCGUUUAAUGUUGGUUAUUACAUUGUAGGAAUAUUUACAGCUACUUUUGAUCUCAGUAUAUCUGUAUCUAUAUAGACCAAUGAAAAGCCCAUAUCAGCAAAGCCGUAUCUGUUAGAUUAGGGUUUAGUUUGACCCAAAUGAUAACACAUUGCAUGUGGCACAAUGGUGUAUCGAUUUGGAAUUUUAUUUCACAACCCCUUACAGUGUGCAACAUUAUUAUUAUUUUUUUUUUUUUUUUUUUUUUUGGUGCUAUAUUGGUACACAAUGUGCAUGACCGUGAACUAUGUUUCAGUGCUUCAUAUUUGAGUGCAUACUUUAAGUCGUGACGUAUUGUCAAGUAUGGUGACCCAUA